GAGGGCGAGUUUGAUCCCAAGUGCCCACCCAUUGAUUUCACUCCAGCAGAGGAGCGAUUGUUCUGUCGGGAGUGGCGGUCUGCCCUAGUGGUCAAAGUACUAGGUCGUUCAGUCUCCUAUACCCUUAUCCUGAAGAGACUGACCGGCUUAUGGGCCAACGCGGGGUCAAUACAAGUUACGUCAUCCAAGAAUGGAUACCUCUUGGUGCGAUUUAUGAGUGGCAUUGACCAUGAUAGGGCAGUUACGGGAGGUCCGUGGAUGGUGGGUGAUAACUACCUUAUAGUUCAUCCUUGGACCAAGGAUUUCAACCCUUAUAAUCACGAGAUAUCAUCUACUCUCGUCUGGGCUCGCCUGCUUGAUUUGCCCAUCCAGUAUUUCCAUCCAGUUGCUGUAAUGAAGAUAGGAAAUCGGAUUGGGAAACCCAUUCGUGUUGAUCAUGCUACGAGCACGGGGGAUAGGAGUGACUACGCCCGAGUAUGUGUUCAAGUGGACAUCACUAAACCGCUACUGUCACAGUUUACAAUUCAUGGCAUUACGUACUUCAUCCAGUAUGAAGGACUGUAA